UCCCCAAUAAUACUAAAAUUUUGCCGGCAAAAUCCGGAAUUCCGCCGUAUUCCCCAUAAGAAACCCCAAACUUGAAAUCAAACGCUCCUGUCUUUCUUUCCUCUACCAUCCUUCCGUUUCCUCUCUUCCUUUAGAAUCGCCUUUUCCUACGCCUCUGGUUUUUUAGAUUAGAGCGAGGCCUUUUCCAUCGACCGCCAUGACGCCCGACGCUGCAGAUACCGUCGUCGAACAGGAGACCUUCGUGGUGCCCGACUUCACGGUCAAGGAUUUAUUGAGUGCAAUUCCCGCUCACUGCCACAAGCGGUCGGCGCUAAGGUCGUCCGUCUACAUUGUCUGGGACCUGAUCGUUAUUGCGGCCUUCUACACGUUAGCGACGUAUGCCGACUCCCUUGUCAACCCAGACGCCAUCACGUUGCCCCACCCAGCUCUCUAUCCCCUCGCGCGUUUCUCUAUCUGGGCGUUAUAUGGCUUCUGGACGGGACUCUUCGCAACAGGUCUCUGGGUCAUUGCGCACGAAUGCGGACACCAAGCAUUCUCCGAUUCCAAGGCGGUCAACACUGCAGUUGGUUGGGUCUUGCAUUCAGGACUUGGCGUUCCGUACCAAGCGUGGCGGAUCACCCAUGCAAAGCAUCAUGCAUCCACUGGUCAUAUGACCCAGGAUCAGGUCUUCGUGCCUUCGACGCGCUCGGAGGUGGGGCUCAAGCCAUUGGAUUGUGCUAAGGAGGACUUGCUUGGUUCGCGGGUCACCGAGGAGGUCAAGCGGGAGAUGUGGGAAGCCCUAGGAGAUUCUCCUAUCGGAGCUAUGAUGGGUGCGGCUAGUUACUUGUUCGGCGGUUGGUGGAUGUAUCUGAUCAAAAAUGCUUCUGGCCAAAAAAGGUAUCCCAAGGGUACAACGAACCACUUCAACCCCAAUGCUCCGAUGUUCGGUACUCACCAUUACAACCAGAUUAUCUGGUCGAACAUUGGUAUCUGUCUUUGGCUGGUUGCUCUCGGCUUUUCGAUCCAUAACUGGGGUCUGCCAACCGUUUUCCGCCUUUAUCUCGUUCCGUAUCUCUGGGUCAACCACUGGCUUGUUUUGAUCACCUUCCUCCAGCACACUGAUCCUCUUCUUCCGCAUUACCGUGCACCUGAGUUCACCUUCCCUCGGGGUGCUCUAGCUACCUUGGAUCGUAACCUGCUCGGUGACUUGGGCAGUGUCAUGGGUUGGAUCGGUGCUCAUGCUACUCACGGCAUCUCGGAGACACACAUCCUCCAUCAUGUAGCGAGCAAAAUACCCCACUACAGCGCUUGGGAAGCGAGCGCUGCGCUCAAGAAGAAGCUUCGGACAAACGGACAUACCCGAUUGGAUGGCCGCCCUGGUGGCUGGGCCGAGGUGUACCGUGUCUACAAGGAAUGCAAGUUCGUUGAAGAUGAGGGUGAUGUCAUCUUCUACAAGAAUGCCUAUGGAUUGGCGCAGAUGCGACCUGUAUUCAUCGACACAACCGCUAGUGAUUCGGGUAUCGAGAUUGUUGACAAGUAGAUGGUAUUGCUGCAGAAAGACAAAUUCUUGCUCCACGCUCACGAACUCCCUUCUUUUGAUACGACUCAGUCCUUUAGGGUAUACGACGUUUCGUGACGUUCUUUCCCGUCGCUGGAGCAUUUGACUCGCUCAUUGCACCUAUAUAGAGAUUUAGAAGUAGUCUCGUUGGAUCGUGUGAUUGAUUAAUAAUAAAAUCCAAAAUCUCUCCUCAUGGGGUAUAGGCUCUUUCAUU